AUGCCGAACCAAUACCAGCUGGCAUUUCUCGCCUCUUUCUUCGUCACUCUCGCAUCCCUCAUCGCUUCUCUCCACUUUGCAGUCGCUUUCUUCAGGUCAAAGGGCUACGACAUCGGCGAUCUCAUCCUAAUAGGUCUCGACAAGAAGAACCCAAACCCAACAGACGGACGCGUAGAAAUAGAGAAAAUACCCGCUAUCAUCAUGGAGUUCGUCAAAAACGCUGACCUGGACGACAUUGUCCAGCUCGCCACGUCCCCCACCGUCCUCGUCACUGCUGGCAUCGUCCUCGCCACCGCUGUCUAUGUCAAACUCUUCCACACAGGCCGAACAGCUCCUCUGGACCCUCUCAAUUGGAAGGAGUUCCCCUUGUUGAAGACCACAAAAGUGUCGCCUAAUACGGCAAUCUAUCGUUUCAAGUUGCCCCACCAGCGCGACGUCUUGGGUCUCCCCAUUGGCCAGCACAUCUCCGUCUCUGCCGAAAUUAACGGCAAGACCAUCGUCCGAAACUACACCCCCGUCAGUCUCGACGACGACCGCGGUUUCUUCGACCUCCUCAUCAAGACCUAUGAGAAGGGCAACAUCUCUCGCUAUGUCACUACCCUCAACCCUGGUGACAAGCUUCGAGUCAAGGGUCCAAAGGGCAAUUUCAAGUAUUCCCCCAACCUUGUUGGUCACCUCUCCAUGAUCGCCGGCGGUACCGGUAUUGCGCCCAUGAUCCAGAUCAUCCGCGGUGUUUUGCGAAACCCCCUCGACCAAACUACCCUCACCCUCAUUUACGCCAACGUUAACGAAGAAGACAUCCUCCUCCGCGCCGAAUUGGAGGAACUGCUCGACGUCCAUGGCGAACAGAGGUUCAAGAUCUUCUACGUCCUCAACAACCCACCUGUUGGCUGGAAGGGCGGUGCUGGUUUCGUGACCAAGGAACACAUCAAGGAGCUCUUGCCAAACCCUGCUGAAACCAACAGCAAGAUCCUCAUUUGCGGCCCUCCUCCCAUGGUUAACGCCAUGAAGAAAAACCUUGACGAACUCAAAUACCCUCUCCCGAAUACCAUCAGCAAGCUCCAAGACAAGGUCUUUGUCUUCUAA